GACACUUCCCCAGCACUCUGCAUUCGACGCGAGGGCGAAGCGCACGCCCGACCUUUUAACGACCGCGACCGACGCGCCGCGCGCCCGCGGCUAGACAACCGCCAUGUUUGACGUAUUCGGCUCCGUCAAGGGGCUUCUGAAACUCGACUCCGUCUGCAUCGACAACAAUGUGUUCCGUUUGCACUACAAAGCCACCGUGAUCAUCCUCAUCGCGUUCUCGCUGCUCGUCACCUCGAGGCAGUACAUCGGCGACCCGAUCGACUGCAUCGUUGACGAAAUACCGCUCGCCGUCAUGGACACCUACUGCUGGAUCUACUCGACUUUCACCAUCCCGAACCGGCUCGUGGGCCGCGUCGGCAAAGACAUGGUGCAAGCCGGCGUCGCGUCCCAUGUCGACGGGCAAGACGAAGUUAAGUACCACAAAUACUACCAGUGGGUGUGUUUCGUGUUGUUCUUCCAAGCGAUCCUGUUCUAUGUGCCGCGCUACCUGUGGAAAACGUGGGAAGGAGGACGAAUCAAGAUGUUAGUGCUCGACUUGAACUGCCCUGUAGUAGGGGAGGACUGCAAGUCGGACCGCAAGAAACUGCUCGUCGACUAUUUCCACACCAACCUUCACACGCAGAACUUCUACGCGUUCCGCUUCUUCAUAUGCGAAGUGUUGAACUUCAUCAACGUCGUCGGCCAAAUCUUCUUCAUGGACUUCUUCCUGGACGGUGAAUUUUCGACCUACGGCGCCGACGUGGUGCGCUUCACCGAGAUGGAACCGGAGGAGCGCGAGGACCCGAUGGCCCGGGUGUUCCCCAAAGUGACCAAGUGCACGUUCCACAAAUACGGUCCUUCGGGAACCGUGCAGAAGUUCGACGGGCUGUGCGUGCUGCCGCUGAACAUCGUGAACGAGAAGAUCUACGUGUUCCUGUGGUUCUGGUUCGUGAUCCUGUCCAUCCUGAGCGGCAUCUCGCUGCUGUACCGCAUGGCCGUGGUGGCGGGGCCGCGCGUGCGCCUGUACUUGCUGCGAGCGCGCAGCCGCCUGGCGCCGCAGGAGCAGGUGGAGUCGGUGGCGCGCAAGCUGCAGAUCGGCGACUGGUUCGUGCUGUACCAGCUGGGCAAGAACAUCGACCCGCUGAUCUACAAGGAGUUGAUGGGGGACUUGGCGGAGAAGUUCGAGGGGAAGGACACUGUGUAGUCGGUUUAUUGAGUGGAUAGUGGACUCUGGGUCGUCCGUGUGACGCGAGGUGUAGCGGGCCGGGCGCGUACGCCGCGCGCGGCCGGGCGCACAAAGAGCGCCGGGAGCGGCGCGCGCCGACAUUCCAUUACCUAAGCCCGUCGCGGGGAACGACCUCCGAUGGGCCGCAGCCAUUGUAUUCCAGAACGCUUAAAACUUUAUCGCUACUGAAAUUAUGAUAGUCGUUUUAAACUCUUCCAAACGCAACUUCGACUGAGCCGCGCUAGGGCGCACACGCAUUUAGAGUAACCUUUUUGGGGCCUGUUUACUAAUAGUCGUAGACGUAGUUAGAUCUCGUGCCUUCGUUUUGUAUUUUGUAUUAUUGUGUGCGAGUGAGUAAUGUUGAAGGGACGUCUCAUUGUGAUAUGUAAUUAUUAUAAUUAAUCUAAAUUAAGUGUUUAACGUGUACAAGGUUGAUCGAUUGGACGGCUGAUUAUUCCUAAGUUUAGAUAGGUAGUUUAUCUAUGUGUUUGUUAUCGAAUGUUUUACUCGAUACGAUAUUGUAUAAAGCAAUAACUAUUAAUGUUAAGUGAUCAAUUAUUCGAAUUCGAUCCUGACAAUACUGUAAUUUUUACUGUUUGAUAGCUAUGAACUUUUUAUACUGACAAAAUUAAGUCGUCUACCGUUAAUAUUUUCUGAAUAUAUUUACUGCCACAUA